GCUCUCUGAAGGUAAAAGUUUCAACAAUCCAAGCUAAGCUUUUGACGGUAUCGCUGCAAAAGCUUGACAAUCGAUUUGUCAAAUUUUUUGGGCUCACCGAAAAGAAGAAUUUAUGACGGAUCGAAAGAGAGUUUGCGGUCCUGUGGUCUCGGUACCUCCAGCAUUUGAAGUCCCUGAACAGCCAUCGUUUACGAGGGAUCGUAAUGCGGAUAAUUGCAGAAAAUUAUAUUUGAAGCUGGGAUGGGCUACCAAGGCUAUGGGAAGCGCCUAUUAUGAAUCUGGUAAAAUCAAGAUUGGAUGCAGUGUUUACGGUCCUAGACCGAAUAAAACGUUUUCUUUCCAGAAUGUAGCAAAGUUGAAUUGCGAAAUUAAAUUCAGUCCUUUCUCGAUGCCAGAAAGAAAAGGACACAUGCAGAGUGCUGAAGAAAAAGAUUAUGGCUUCUUACUGGAGGCAGCUCUUUCCCCUAGUAUUCUAUUACACUUAUAUCCGAAAAGUUCUAUUGAUGUUUAUAUCGAGGUCCUUGAAAGCGAUGGAACAGUAGCUACGUUGGCGGCUGCUAUUACUUGUGCUUCUGCGGCAAUCGCCGAUGCAAAUAUAGAAUGCAUAGAUUUGGUUACGGGUGUUAGUUUACUUUAUAAAAUCCAAGGACAGGAAUACUGGGUUGAUCCAGACUUUAUGGAUGAGUGUGGUCGACCACGUCCACACGGAUCUCUUGUCCUCGGUUACAUGGCAGCUCUUGGGCACGUUACUCAAGUCUGGAAUAAAGGCAAAUGCGUCCCAGAACGGCUUGCAGCUUUGCUAGGGAAAUGUACAGAGACGGCAAAGGGCAUUCGUUUAGUUGUAAACCAUACCCUUUGUCAGGAAAAAUCGGGAUCUUUGGUUAACGAAAAGCCAUGAGUCUUGUCUUUUUGUGCUACUAGGAAAAUAUAUUUAAUUCACUUCUUUUGUAUUUGUAUACAGAAUCCGUCCAAGCACACUGAAAGGCGUAUAAAAUAGCUUCGUAUCGCUCUUUUGUUCUUCAAGUACCGUCAUGGUCAUAGGUUCACUGUAACCCUGUUCUGUUUACAAACUUAAAACACAAAGGCUAUAUUAUAUUACCUAUGCAAGAGGUUAGGGACAUCCACUUGUUCUACUUUCUAUUUACUAGAUGGAGCUUGUUCGUAGACCCAGCCAAAGAUUUCAAAAGGAAUGCAUCCUAUGUAAUGAAUGAAAGUCUUGUUAUAAAGAGUUGAACCUUGCGAUGAUGAACAAGAAUUUCUUACGAAUGUCGUAAACAAGCAAACAAGCAAUUUUCUUUUAUUUUAUUUUUAGUUACAAUCACAAAACAUAUUGUCAUUUGCGAAUUUUAUAAAGCCUACUUUUCGUACGUUAC